AUUUUUCCUUCGAGGAGCUAUUGCUCAAUCCAGUGCACUCUGGCGGGAGGUGCAGUGCAAUUAUAUAAGAACAAGUACACUACGUUUAAUGUGAACUUUCCGUUUACAUCCAUCCAUCCAAAAUGCAGGGCUUCAACAUGGGACGGUUCGUAUAGUCCCCCAUAUUCAUAUUAUUUUUGUAUACCUAACAAUACAUCCCCAGCUAUGUCCCUCCAGACCAGGAAGGUCUCACGACCGGAAACAAGCUCGCCGGGAAACAUCCCCUAGGCGCCAGAGCGCGCCAUCUCCGCACAACUGGCGCACUGAUCGUACGCUUCGAAAUGCCCUUCGCGGUUUGGUGCACGAACUGCAAACCCCAUGACACCCUCAUCGGCCAGGGAGUCCGGUUCAACGCCGAGAAAAAGAAAGUGGGCAACUAUUACUCCACCCCCAUUUAUAGCUUUCGGAUGAAACACACCGCGUGCGGAGGAUGGAUAGAGAUCCGGACAGAUCCUAAGAAUACCGCUUAUGUCGUUACAGAAGGUGGGAGGAAAAGAGAUACCGGUGACGAUCGCAUACCUGGUGAAGGAGAGAUUCGGAUUCGACUUCCCGGGGUAGGAGCCGGGGAAGAGGGAAAAGAAGACCCCUUUGCUAGGCUUGAGGGGAAAAUAGAGGAUAAGAAACAAGCUGAGACAGCGACUAGUUGUAUUCUCGAGCUGAAGAGGCAUCAGGAUCGAUAUUGGGAGGAUCCGUACGAGAAGUCAAGGAUGUUACGCAGGGCAUUUCGCGUGGAGCGCAAAUCGCUGGAACGCGCCGAUGCUAAUCGCGAAGCGUUGAAGGAUAAGAUGAGUUUGGGAAUUGAUCUAGUUGACGAGACGGAGGAGGACAGGUUAAGGGCGGGUAUGGUGGAUUUCGGCGGUGCCAGCGGCGGCACCUCUGAUGCAGCAAAAACCGUCCGACUACGACCGAUGUUCGAGUCAAUGACUUCCUCAUCGUCUUCAUUGACGAAGAGAACAGCAACGGCGGCCUCAGGGAAGCUUGAAAAACGCAACAAACGUCCCAAGACCGCGAACCUCAUUGCGGAGCGCAAGGCAGCCCUUCGGAAUGAAUUGACCGGGAAUACGCGUGCGGUCGUUGACCCAUUUCUGAACAAUAACGAUGGAUCGGAAUGGCAGCCGGGGAUCAGACGACGGAAGCUCAACAGCAGCUUGCAUCAAAAUAAACCCGUUUCCGUUUCGGAAACAAGAGUCGUCGAUGAUAAAGGCGUUACAGAUGCCAAGCAUCAACCUGCACUUCCAGCAGCCGACGGACCAGCUAUGCCUAUAGCUCUGGUAAAUUAUGAUUCGGACUCGGACUAAUGCUUUCCGAUUCGUUUAAUGCGUUUUCUUCGUUUUUGUCCCAGAAUUCUACGGUUUCGGGUUAUGGCGUACAUGUUUUGAAAGAACUAAAGUGCACGCAUAUGAUACCCUGGUUGGAUUUAGGAGUUAGAAUUCUUUGGUUCCAUUCUCAUUACAAAAGAGACAAGGUGGUUUCUGCAUGAAUAUGUCGUUCGUGAUCGCAUUACACAUAGACGCCGAAAAUGACGGCUACUGAGGCCAGAAACGGCCACCUUUCCACUCCUAACUUCCAGCAUUUGUGUAGCACCACUAUUCUACACCUGUCAAGCAUUGUUUAGUCACCGGCCUGCAAUGGUGCAUGAAAUAGUCACAGUCAAGGCCCUGAGUACCCUCAUGAAAAUGGCAACAUCCAGAAGGGGAAAGUCUCUGUGAUGGUAGUAUAAAAAGCCAGCAUAGCGGCAUAUUGGAUUUUUAUACUACCCAUGUUGGAGUCAUUCCCUUUCCGUUUUAGUGCUCACCUCCUGCUUACUGAGUAUAUCUGUGUGUGCCCUGAGCAUACCCUGAGUGGCCUGAGCUGUUCCCUGACUAUAGGGUGAGUGCCGGAGCGCAG